CUCUUGCAUUAAAGCAUAAUUCGCCACGAGUGCUGGUUUUCCUACAGGAUCGUGGCAUGAACAAUUCAUAUAAGAUUUAAAUUUCAUGAUAUUUGUGUUUUAUUUCCGUGAAGAUGCAUAACUACAGCGUAUCAAGUCUGAAAAAUAGCCACCUAAUUUUGUGUAGAAUAAUUAUAUCGAUAAUCAUAAUACAGAUGGGCGCUUAAAGCCACGAAGAAUGUUACAAAAGACAGCGCAUUUUCCUCACUCAUUCAAGUUUUGAUGGUCAUGAAUAAUGUCAGAAGUGCAGUGUCCUGACCGCGGCAUGAUUGCACGGCAGAACUGUCCAAACCAGGGAUGUUUCCGAGGUUUCUGUCCAGCAUCAUCUCCUGGCGCUCUGUUGCGAUCUUGGCAUUCAUUGCAUGUUUGUCACAGGUAACCAACCUCAUCCUGACAUGGCAACUAAAGCAGCGACACCAGGCAGCGGCAGACCUGGCAAUGGGUGGAGGAGUGAGUGGGUUAGGAAUGAGGUCUGCGGCCAAGAGCCAUCACAUGCUAUCUAGGAGGCGAGACCAUCAUCUAGGGCAGAAGCUUUCGGACGAGCACGAGGCCAUCCUCUCUCGCAUCGCCCACUGGAGUGUGCUGGAUGGCUCGGGGGAGUACAGGGUGUCACUGGGCGUCCUCAGGGGGUCUGCACUCGAGGCUGGACCAGGGGGGGAAGGAGGGCUAGAGGGGAGGGAGGAUUCGGCUUCGUUGGACGGCCAGGGACUCACCCUCGUCACCCAGUGCUCGCUUGCCAGGCUUAACCGUCUGCCAGAGCUUGUGCGGCAGUGGCAGGGACCAAUCUCAGUUGCAGUAUUUGCACUGAGUGGGGAAGUACAGGCAGUUGUGCAGGUAUUCCACCUCCUUCGAAGGUGCCAUGCUAACAUCAAGGAGAAUGUAACUUUUAGCCUCAUUUUCCCCCUGAACUCCCCUACAUCCCCUCACCUGGCACCAACAGCUGACACAACCCCAUGUGAUAACAUCUUCUCGGAGCUGGAACAUGUGAACUACGACUUCAAGGGCAUCCAGUACCCAAACAACCUACUGAGGAAUGUGGCAAGAAAGGCCACAUCGACGAACCUCAUGAUGGUCAUUGAUAUAGACAUGACGCCAAGCCCUGGUCUUCAUAGGGCCUUCACUGCGUAUGCAAAAGACAAUCACCUGUAUGAUGAAAAUGCAAGCGAGGAGAAGACAGUGUGGGUGGUGCCGGCAUAUGAACUGAAGGAGGGGACUCCAAUACCCAGUUCCAAAGUGGAGUUGCUGAAUCUCCGGGAGCAGGGAACCGCUCGUAUCUUCUACCAGGAGUUGUGCCUGAAGUGUCAAAAAUACACUGAUUAUGCCACGUGGGAGAAAAGUACAGAUGUAAAGGAGGGUCAUGUUGACGCACUCUACGAUGUGCUAUGGCAGGACCCCUGGGAACCCUUUUAUAUAGGUCGGACAAAUGUGCCAUUCUAUGACGAGCGGUUCAGACAGUAUGGCUUUAAUCGCAUUAGUCAGGUUUGUGAACUACAUGUGGCUGGGUAUCGCUUCGUGGUGCUGGACUCUGCGUUUGUGGUACAUGAAGGUUUCAAGACCUCAAGCAACUUUCACAGUUCAAAAGACAUGGAGCAGGAGAAGAACCGCAUCCUCUUCAGACAGUUCAAAGGAGAGCUAAAGGAGAAAUAUCCGGAGUCCUCCAGAAGAUGUUAUUAGCACAGCAAGGUUGCAGGACAUUGUGGCUGGGCAUUAGCAAACUCUGGGUGCUGUGGAGGUAAUGUGUGGUGUUUAGGAGCCUUCGAAAGUACUUCUUACAAACCAAAGAACAUCUGUGUGUACUCAUAAACUCUUGUAUAAUCUGUGGUUGUUUUGGAAAUUGUCUUCAUGGGAAAGAUAGAAUGCAUGAGUAUAUUUUUGGUGGUUAAAAGUUUAUGGUGAGGAAUACAAGAAAAAGAAAAUAAAGAGAGAGAGAGAGAGAAAGAGGCAAGAACGUUAUAUAUAUAAAAAAAAAAAAGACAGUAAGCGUGUAUUGUAUACAUUACCUAAGGUGCUGAGACAGUGAUGUCUGAAUAUAAAAAAGACUGAAAAAGUCAGCUAUGGCAUGUUUAGUGUAAGACAAGAAGGGUUAUAAGAGUCCCGAAUAGCUCUACCUGAAUCUCGUAAGUGAUCUGAAUGUUUGGCUCAGAGAAAAAUAUUGGUAGUUUUUCUCGUUUUUCUUUUUUCUUUUUUAAGGAAAAUGUCAAGACUCAAAAAGAAAAAGUACACAAAUUCUGUUGUACAGAUACCUGUGAGUCAUGUGAAGCUAGUUUUUAUAUAGGCUUAAUGUGAACUUGGAGUCAUGUUUUAUGAUAUACAUAUUUAUCAUGAGUGGAGUUUCAUCCACAUCCUAUGCACAGAGAGACCAGCAGAUGUUAACUGUGAAUGUUUGGCAGAAGUCAAAUUGUCUAUGUCUUCUGUUAUGCAACUUUUCUUUUGAUGCAGAUGCAGGAAAAAGCAGCUGUAUUAGAAUUAAAAAAAAAAAAAUGGUUAAUUUUCAUUCAUAAAACAAAUAAUCUGAUACAUUGACUAUCUUGAGGUAAUUUAAUGUUAGGUAAUUUCAGAGCUUGUCUUUAUGAAAUUGUAAAUAAUUUUGAUAAUACUCAUUUUAUGGUGUAUAUUCGUGCACUGAAGAGGUUUGUGCUUUAUGUUAAGUAUCUAAUGAUGUGCAUGUCUUGAGUUAGACGGCAUGUGAAUAUAGUAUUUUUGAGUCAAUGUAAGACACUAUCUUAAGUCUAUCUUAAGAAAGAGAAAUAGUGAAAGAAAACCAAAAUGUGGUUUGUGGUUUCAUUUCAUUGAAGUCUUGGUCACUGUAUAUUUUUGAUGUUGAUAUAUCUUGAUCUGUCUUUAACCUAGUGCCGCUAGGAUACAUGCCGUACCCAUUAUGAGUCCAAUUUAUUAGUUGUCUGGUGCAGUGGCGUAGCUAGGAAGUUUUAUAGGGGGGCGAGAAAUGCAGAUUUUCUGACAAAAAAUUAAUAAGCAUUUUUGUUUCUUCAUGAUUAUUUUCCGACAAGAUUAGCAAUUUUCCGACAAAAUGGCAGUUUAGCUCAAGAGGGGGGUUUUCCGCCCCCCCCUGACCCCCCUCUAUCUACACCACUGGUCUGGUGGCUCUACAAGUAGUAAGUUUCCAAGGAGUCCAUUGUCAAUGUUACUUAUGUCACCUGUUUGUUUUUUUCCUGGAAAUUGGGAAGUGUUCUAAUUUAUCUUAUAUUGCUAUUGGUAAUGUUGAUAACAUAAUGAUUAUAACAGUAAUAAUUACAUCAGUAUUGUUGGCGUUAGUGUAAAAAAGGUGACAUCAGGUUAGGCCACAAGCUCUAUUAAUUGAUUCCUUUGUGGCUGAGCACUUGUGGACCAUUUAAAUGUAGUGUUCUAUAGUGAAUACUAUGUUUUCUCAGCAGCAUUGGGUUAAUGCAGAUAAUACAGUGGUUUUAACAUUAUUAUGAAGCAUUGUUGUUCUUAAUAAUUCUUUGAGUUCUCAUUAAGUUUGAUAAUUUGGGAAAUCAAAGAAACCAAAGCAGAAUUUAAAGUCAGAAUUCUUCAAUGACCAAAUUAGUUGAUAUUUGUUAAGAGUUCUUGUCACAUGUUGAUUAAGUCAGUUGUAUUACUUAGGAUGAUACUGUCUUAUUUACACAAUUUACAGUUUUUUUAUUUUUUUUUAUAUAUGCCUAUUUACGUGUUAACAGUCUCUUCUGUUAUGCCAGUGUAUUUGCAUUUAUAUAUUUUUUAAGGUCAUUCUUUUGAAACAUAACUUGGGGGAGGAUUUUUAUAGAGUUAGGUGUGUACAGUUGGUCGUAUACAGUGUUAAAGGCUCACUAUCUCCUUAUUACAGAAUAAGCAUCUGACAGCAUUUGGAAUUCCAGAUACAACCAAAGAAUUGACAAGCACUGUAUCUUCAUUUUGUGAGAGAUUUUUUUUUUCUUUGUUUAGUUUGUCCAUUAACAGAGAAAGGAGGACUUGGCAUGUCUCUCUGAGUCUUGCUAUUAUCUUUAAUUGAUUGCAUUUUAACUAGUCUUCUUUAUGCAGUUGAUAGGUAAGGUAUCUGCAACUGCACAGCAAAUAUAAUAGGACUACUUCAUUACAGUUUAAGAUAGUUUAAUUGCAUAUCUACAUAGGCAGGUUGAAGAUAUUGAUGAAAUUGUGUUCGCAAUAGAAAAGAAUGUAUUUUUUUUUCCCUUCUAAUAAAUACCAUUACUGUGGUUAUAUAUGUUUUUAAAAAGUCUCAUUUGUUUUGAAGUAUAUUUUUGAAGAGAGCUAAUGUUUCAGGGUAAUUUGGCAAGUUCGCUCUUGAAUAACUUUACUGUUUACUUAUCGUUUACUGUGCAUUAUGUCAGAUGAUAUUUUUAACGUUGUUUGCACAGCUCUUUUUUGUAAAACAGCUGUACAGAAAUAUAAAUAUAUGUUUUGAAUUAUUAUAAA